GCCACCCGCUGCACCGACAGGCGGCUGCCACCAAACCCAUCGGCCUGGGCAACGCGGAUGUUAAGAUCCUAGCCGCCGCUUGCGUCAUGCCCAUUGCCGCGAACUCUGCUAGCCUGAUAGGGGAGGAACAGAAGUGCGUCAGCGGGAGGGACAUGAUUGAGAACGUGGUGAGGGCGGAGGCUUGGGGGGUGGAGAAAUGCAUGACGGCGUCUUCAGACGCGGCUUUACUGUUGACUGACUUCGCGUCAGCGUUUCCUAGCCUGGCGCAGGAGUGGUUUUUCUUCGUGCUUGAGGCCAUGGGCAUUCCUUCCCCGCUCGUCCACUUCUUCCGAAUGAUGCACUCCGAUAACACCGCUAUCCUCUCACUUCGUGGUCGUCGUCACGGGCUUAUUCGUAUCGCGUCUGGGGCCAAACAAGGCUGCCCCGCCUCCAUGAUCCUCUUCGUUCUCGCCGUGAACCCUCUGUUGGCAUGGAUUAGGGCGUCCCUCGGCUCAGCGCUGGGGCUGUCUCUUGCAUAUGCCGAUGACUUCGGUUUUGGAGUUGAGCGAAUCUCCUCAUCACUCAAAGCGCUUCUUGACAGCUUGGAAGCACUGGCGACGGUUGCCAACCUUCGGCUGAACUUUCGGAAGUGCCAGGUGGUCGUCUGCGGGACUAUGGACACAUCACCCAUCCGCUCCUUCCUCCGCUCCUUUGGUGCGCCCUACAACCUCAUUCAGGUCCCCCUCUCCGCCGCCUACCUUGGCUUCCCGAUCGGCCCCGAGGGCGCCGCGCAGGUCAUGUGUGUUAGCAAGCUCCUGUUCAGGCUUCAGCUCUACCCGCCCUCCCAGGAGCUGGUGUCCGCCUACCGCAACGGAGUGCUCCUCCUCACCUCGGGGCCCAGGAACGCCAUCUCCUACAACGUCGCCACGAAACUUACCCGCGUCGGAUUCGCCGCUGAAUUCCUGGAGCUCGACGCG